UCUCUCUCAAAAGUCCUCCAAAAACCUUCGUUCUGAAGCUCCUCUUCCUUUUAUCUCUCUCUCUCUCUGUUCCUCCUCGUGUGCUUCACGAACUUCUCAGAUUUUCAAUUCCUAUCUCUCAUUUCUUCUCGGGAUCGAGUCCUCUUGAUCUCUGUGUCAGUUUGUACAAUGUCGUUUACGUGAAUCUGCCAGCAGCACAAGGAGGAUCGCUCACUGUAUAGCUUAGAUCAGAGUCGACGACCCAACAAACUACUGAGGAACCGAGUCAAGCACGUCAAACCCAUUCAACAUAUGGGGUCGGUGCCUUCAACUCCGCGGAAGAGCGGUGCAUUCUCACAGGACACGGCGGAGUAUCUCAUCGGAACCUUCGUCGGUGGCGAGUCUUUCCCGCUUUCCUCCGAGUUCUGGCAGAAAUUGCUCGAGCUUCCUUUCGAUCUUCGAUGGCCCACCGACCGUGUUCACCAAGCGUGCGAGCUGCUGGCAAAAAACAAUCAUCGCACCAAGCAUCUUUCAAAAAUUUUGUUCCAUCUAGCAUGCUACUUGCAGGAAUCCAUGUCAUCAUCUGGUGUACCACCAGUGGUUUAUGAAAAGGCUGUUAAUGCCGUGUACAUUACUUCAAUAUUUUUGAAGCAUUUGAUUGAAAAUGUCCAAGGUGAUGAUCUGGAGUUACAUCUAUUGCUAGAUGAAAAUGAAUCAAUACCAAAGGGUAUUUUGGGAGAUCAAACCAUUGAAAAUCUUGUCAUGCGGAACGUGCUUACCUUUAUAACAUCAGUAGACGUGAGUCCCAACACAUAUCUCUUGCACCUGGAGCUGCUUAAUUUCAUGCUUAUUGCAAUGUCAACUCAGCUUCUGUGUGGGCCAUCUCCCAGACCAAAUGAUGUGAACCCGUUUCUUGAUGCAGCAAUGGCUCAGGACACCUCUCUAGUUAGUUCUUUUGUUCACAGACUGCUUCUGAAUUAUAUAACCCGCCCCAAUAUCCCUUUUAAUAGAGCAUCUUAUUCCAUCUUUAAUGAAGGAAGUGAGAGGGGCGUUUUACAGAGAGUUGGUUCUGCAGCUGCAAAUUUUGUUUUAUUGCCAUUCAGUUAUUUGAUCAGUUCAAGCAGUGGGGAACCGAGAAGUCCUUUAGCAGAUAGCAGUCUCCAUGUGCUUCUUGUUCUCAUUCAUUAUCACAAAUGUGUUGCGAGCAAGGACUAUGGUGCCAAUGAGAAUGACAAAACUGCUGUGUCAGAUACGUUACAGAAAGAAGUAACUUAUUUUUCUGACAACCCUUACUGCAAGGCCUUAGAACAUGCAACUGAUUUUGAAUUGGAUCGUGUAGAUGUUGAGGGUAAUGCUAGCAGUGGUCCACAUGUAAAGUUGCCUUUUGCGUCAUUAUUUGAUACCCUUGGCACGUGCUUGGCUGAUGAGACUGCGGUACUUUUGCUUUAUUCAUUGUUGCAGGGGAAUUCUGCAUUCCUAGAAUAUGUCCUGGUGCGGACUGAUCUAGAUACAUUGUUGAUGCCCAUUCUUGAAGCGUUAUACAAUGCGUCACAUAAGACAGCCAAUCAAAUUUACAUGUUGCUGAUCAUACUUCUCAUACUCAGUCAGGAUUCUUCUUUCAAUGCAAGCAUUCAUAAACUGAUAUUGCCUGGUGUUCCCUGGUAUAAAGAACGUCUCCUCCAUCAGACAUCUCUUGGUUCUCUCAUGGUUAUAAUUCUUAUCAGAACUGUACAAUAUAAUUUGUCUAAAUUACGGGAUGUGUAUCUACAUACAACGUGUUUAGCAACUUUGGCAAACAUGGCGCCUCAUGUUCACCGUCUGAGUGCAUAUGCAUCACAGAGACUAGUUGGACUUUUUGAUAUGCUAUCACGCAAGUACAACAAAUUAGCAGAUCUCAGACAUAAUAAACUUCAUAUUGGAAAUGGCAACUCGGUUGAAGGAAAUGGCCUCAGAGAGGAUGUGUCAACUGAAUUGCAAAUUUAUACUGACUUCUUGAGGCUUGUACUUGAAAUUAUAAAUGCUAUCCUGAGUUAUGCCCUGCCUCGGAACCCUGAGGUAGUAUAUGCAAUAAUGCACAGGCAGGAAGUUUUUCAGCCAUUUAAGAAUCAUCCACGCUUCAAUGAGCUGCUUGAUAACAUUUAUACUGUGUUAGAUUUUUUCAAUAGUCGUAUGGAUGCUCAAAGAGGGGAUGGUGACUGGUCAGUCAACGAAGUGCUUCAGGUGAUAAUUGUCAAUUGUCGAUCUUGGCGUGGCGAGGGGAUGAAGAUGUUUACUCAGCUGCGCUUCACAUAUGAACAAGAGAGUCAUCCGGAGGAAUUUUUUAUGCCAUACGUUUGGCAGCUAGUCUUAUCCCGAUGUGGAUUCACAUUCAACGCAGCAGCCAUCAAUUUGUUUCCAGUUGAUCUUCCUGCAGAAGAACAUGAGAAUGGAGUGGAGGUAAGCACACUUCCAAACGGGGAUGUUGAGAGGCCAGCAUACCAGCCUGAUCCAUAGCCAGCUCGCCAUAAUAUCACGAGUUAGUUUUUCUUGUGGAUUAUCUAUCUGUACAUAACAAGUAGUUGGGAAAUCGUGAGGGUGAUGUUCUCAUUCUUUUCUGUUCAUAAAUUUGUGAGUGUAGAGGUUCUUUCAUUUUAUUAGACACGAUAUAUUCAUGUGAUCAAUAAGUGAUGGUGAUGCUUACGUUGCAGUCGUAUCCAACGUGGCACAUUUUUCAAAUUGCA